AUGCUGGCCUUGGUGCUCUGCGGAGUGUCCCUCGCGCUUCCACCCUUUGUCAGAGCAGAUGCAUGCAAGGAUGUUAGUAUGCAAAACGAGGCACCUUCAGCAGGCCAGCCUUUUGCUUUUAACUGUACGCACCCGCCACUAACAUCUGGGAAAGUACGUGUGACAUGGUAUAAAUAUCCUAACAAAAUCCCAAUAUCCAAAAACACACAGUCUAGAAUUCACCAGGAGCAAAACUGGAUUUUGUUUCUCCCCCUGACACAGGAGGACUCUGGGAUCUACCAAUGUGUUAUAAACAGCACAAACACCUGUCACAGAAUCCCCGUAAACCUCACUGUAUUAAGAAAAUACUGGUGUGGUGUUUCUGGAAAUGGCCAGCUGAUUUUAUCGGAUGAAUACAGACAAAUAUUACAUGCUGGAAGGGACGACAGCCUUACCUGUCAUCUGAACUUCCCACAGAGUUGUGUUUUGGAUUCCCUAAAGUGGUAUAAGGGCUGUGAAGAGAUUAAAGGAGAACGGUUUAUUUCCUGGGAAACAAAGCUUUCAGUGAGCAAUGUUUCAACAGAGGACGGAGGGACCUACGCAUGUCAAGCCCGACUGACACACACAGGGAAACAAUACACUGUUUUAAACAGCAUCACUGUGAAUAUCGCAGAAACAAAUGGAUAUGCCAGAAGAAUUCCUAAAAUCAUUUAUCCAAAAAACAAUUCAAUUGAAGUACAACUUGGCUCCCCCCUUACUGUGGACUGCAAUAUCACAGACACAAGGGAUAAUACAAAUCUCCGAUGCUGGAGAGUCAAUAACACCUUGGUGGAUGAUUACUACAGUGAAUCCAAACGCAUCAGAGAAGGAUCCGAAUCCCACAUUUCUUUCCAGAAACAUAUUUUUUACACAGUGAACAUAACCUUCUUGGAAGUGAAAAUGGAAGAUUAUGGUCAUCCUUUCAUUUGUCACGCCGGAGUGUCAGCAGCAUAUUUUAUUUUAAAAUUCCCAGCUCCAAAUGUUCAAGCUUACUUGAUAGGUGGGCUUCUCGCCUUGGUGAGUGCAACAGCAUCUGUCAUGUACCUCUACAACAUUUUUAAGAUCGACAUUGCACUCUGGUAUCGAAGUGCCUUCCAUUCUACCGGGACCAGAGAAGAUGGCAAGCUGUAUGAUGCCUAUGUCUUAUACCCCAAGCCUCAAAGAGAAAUCCAGAGCCAUGAGGUGGACACGCUGGUGUUGAAGAUUCUGCCCGAGGUGCUGGAGAGGCAGUGUGGAUAUAAAUUAUUUAUAUUUGGCAGGGAUGAAUUUCCUGGACAAGCAGUGGCCAAUGUCAUUGACGAAAACAUCAAGCUGUGCAGGAGACUGAUCAUCAUCUUAGUUCCUGAAUCCCUGAGCUUUGACUUGUUAAAGAACAUGUCGGAAGAACAAAUUGCAGUCUACAAUGCGCUCAUCCAGGACGGGAUGAAGGUCAUCCUGAUUGAACUGGAGAAAGUUGAGGACUACGCGGCCAUGCCGGAGUCAAUUCAGUACAUCAAGCAGAAGCACGGGGCCGUCCAGUGGAGUGGGGACUUCACAGAGCAGUCACAGUGCGCAAAGUCCAAGUUCUGGAAAAAAGUGAGGUAUCACAUGCCACCCAAAAGGCUGCCACCAUCUUCUUCUGCCCAGCUGCUGAAGCACACGUCCUGA